AUGGUGCGACUUUUCGUACCUGAAGGAGAGGGUCAGCAUGCCCUAGCACGCCGACAACCUGGUGCGCUGGCUGCACAGCGCAAAAUCACAUCGUUACCUUGGAAAGCAUGCACUGUCGCCGGCGGCAUCACAGGAUUCCUUGCGCUCGUGGGGCGAUCGCGUCCAGGCAUCUUCCUCCGGUCUGUCGCGGUUGUCGCUGUCUUAGACCUCUCAUUCACGGCCUGUCAACUAUACGGACGACGUGAGCUGAACAGAGGCGUGUUCAAGUUAGAUGGCAUCGAACCAGCACCGGGAAAACUGUGGGAAAGGACAAGGCAUUGGACUGAGGAAGACGCGGCUUUGGGCGGAGCAGGUCUUGGAAUCUUUACUGCUUUGAAUCCGCGCGCAUUGCCCGGUGUCUUCGGAUGGAAACGCAUCAUAGGGUCAGCGGUGGUUGGGGCUGCCUUUGGAUCGUUGGUUGGAGAGCGGAUGCUGCCCCGAUUUCCCUCACAACUGCUGACAGUCCUUGAUUCAGCAGAUACGAUGGCUCGACGCACAAAUUACGAUCGAUUGCACCAGAAUGAAGAGGCGAAGGCAUCCCUCUCCCGCUUCGGGAACUUCGCACUUACGCUCUACACUUUGCCUGUCCUCCAUAUUCUCAGAAGCCCCACGGCAUGGGAUGCAGCACCUAGGUCUGGUAUGAUACAGAGACGAUCACAACAAGGAACACCGGGACCACAGCCUACUACCAUACAGCAGCUCCAGAGUAUUGUGACCAUCAACGUUGAUUUUGAGAAAGAAGAGCUAGCUGGGCCUGACAUUGAAGGAGCGAGUCGAACGUACACAGAUGAUCUCAAGACCAGGGACAUGGAAGCCGUAGAGCACUAUCUCGAGCACUUGCAGGAGCUAAAGAAAAACACAUUCCACGAAGCGCGAUACGUAUGGUACCAGUUGGCCAAAAAGGAGCGCGUGUUUUACGAUAUAGUUGAGGACGACGACGAAAAAGAUCUUUUUCGCAGAGAAAUCCAACUCCUCAGCAGCGUCGCUCAACAGCUGAUGUGCCGCGAGGCAAUACUCGCUUUCCACAUCGCCGACGCGCGCAAGCAGGUUCGCCAGAUGGACCACAGUGGCUCUACUGCCCCUGCUGCCCCCACGCUGUCCGAUCCGCUUCAAAGCGACAUCCUCAUUGACAGUGAGGACCAGCAUAGCCCACAAAUCACCACCAACCAAAUCCGCACAGUCUGGACGCGACAGAAAGAGAUACUAGCCCACCUUGAGCAGGCCGUAUCGCAUCACGAUACGUUCAAAUUGCAAAGUGGAGAGGCUGCAGACCCCCACCUCCAACAGCUCAGGCAGGAUAUAAAGUAUCUCACCAAAAAUGUGGAAGCCACAGGACGAGUACUGAGAGAAUUCGAGGAGCAAGUGCGCAAGGCUGAAGAGGAUGCACAGAAGUGA